UCGAAAAAAAAAUCCCUAUAAAGGUUACCACAAUGCAUCGAAUUUGGGAACGGCGCGAGAGAGGAGAGAUGGAUUCCCUCCAUUCUGAGACUGCUGUCUGGGAACAGAUCGAUGCUUCGGAAAGCUCUUUGCUCAAUUGUACGUUUGAGGAGGCAGCAUCCUUGGCUUCUUCUGUCAUUCAGCAUAUUUGUACAGAAACAUUUGCAGUUACAGUAGAUGAGGUUCACUUGGCUGAUAUGAAGGAAUCAGCUGGUAUGGUGUUUGUCCAGUCGCUGAAAGAGUUGGGAAGGACCUUGGAGAUUUUUACUGAGCUUCAAAAGUUGUUUGGUUCUUUGGCUGCGGUUCCUGCUGAAGUGUUCCUAACGGGGGCUAGCAUGCAAAUAUCUGAAGGAUAUGCAACAAAACUUAAGGCAGAUUUUGAACUGUUUCUUGCUGAGUGGAAGUAUUUGGAUGACAAGGUAUAUGUUUCAGCUCAGAGCUCUUCUGAGAUACACAUCCAAAAUUACGUGAUCAGUGCAGAGAAGUACAUGGAGAUGGCAGAGUUUUAUGCUGUCACCGUCCUUGGGAUUGUCUUAUGCAGUCCAGACCUUGCCAUUUCAUGGAUUGAGAGAGCAGAAUUACCUGAAGAGAAGCGUCAGGAAAUUAUCAUGAGAGUGCGCCCACUGUGCUAUGUUAAAAAAAGCUUGAUCUCAUCUAUGGCUCAAAGAACUAAUAGAUCUUGUGAUUUAUCUAGUUGUAGCACUGACUCAACAUUAUUAGGCCAUGAAAAUCCACAAGGAAGCCAACCAAAUGGAGACAAGAUUAAUCAAGAUGCUUUAAAAUCCAUCCGCCCAAAAACUAAGCUUAUUUCACGACGCCUUGGCCCAUGCCUCUGGUGGUUCCGUACAGUGCGUUUGAAGUUUGGCGGCGUAUCCAUCAUACUGCCCAGUGGAAGGACCGUGAUCUUAGGCCUGUUGACCUUCUUUGCAUACUCUAUUCUCAAGAAUAGAAGAGCAGCUUUUAAGAGGAUGGCUACUCAACAAGCGUCGUCCAUAUGGAGAAUUCUGAGUGAUGCGCUGCAGCUUGUGUUCUCAUUCCAGGUCAAUCCUUUGGCGGCAGUUCAGCCAACACCGACUGCAUCACUCGGGCGCAGAUAAACAAGUUGUUCGAUGUCCGAAAAUUGAAUAGAUUGCAGAUUUCAACUUGAUGCUUGGUCAGGAUGUUUGUGUGAAUAAAAUUUCAGGAAAUCCAGGUCAUAACUAAUGAAGAUUCUUUUAAAAUGAAUUAAUUAGGUGUCAAACUACUCUGAGACUCUCUGGCAUUCAACCACAUGGAAUUCAGAGACAACAGCAAAAUUUCUAUCUCUGCCCAGGAGCCGUUAGGGGGAAAAAAAGAUCAUUUAACAACAGCUUAGUGAUAUUUGCAAGUGGAUUAGUCCAUUACCUAUUGAUUUUGAUGUAGUUAUCUACUUGAGAAGAUAUUUUCAAGAACCGCAUUUCUAUUGUGAGAAUGCUUUAGAAUGGAUUUAUACUUCCUUUGUAAAUUAGGAAAGUAGAUUUAAUGGAAAAAAAUUUGAAAAUUUAUUAAUCCUUUAGAUAUCCAAGAGAAAAGGAUGGACACACUUAA